CAGACAGAACAGACAGACAGACAGACAGAGCAAGGCAACAUCAGACAGACAAACAGAACCAGGCAGCAAAGGUUGGGACAGAGAGACAGACAGACAGCCCUCUCAACCCUGAAGGACGGGAACUAAGUGCGGGGCCAUGCUCACUCGAUGUGACAAGCAGGCCCUUUAACGCAGAGGCUGAGACACAGUAGAUAAUGAGAUCUGAAGAUGUCUGGACUAACUGGGGAGAAGAGAAGAGAGGGGAUAGUCAAGACAGGCGAAAGAAAGAGAGACAGUCUUAAGAGUCCUUGCUUGUAGUUGGACCAAUAGAGAGACAGUCUUAAGAGUCCUUGGGGCAGUCUCAAGUGACUGUGAAACUUUAAGUGUCCUUUCUGUGUGUAGUUGGGGGGGGGGGAGAGAGGUAGAGGUGUUUUAAAUCCUCUUUAGCUGUUCCAUUUGCUCUGGGGUGUCUGUGGCCAGACGGAGAGGGAGAGAGGUGUCUGUGACCCGGGGGGAGAGAGGGAGAGGUGUCUGUGACCAGGGAGAGAGGGAGAGGUGUCUGUGACCCAGGGGGAGAGAGGGAGAGGUGUCCGUAACCACAGGGACUGUGACAUGAGCUUGUGUGUGGUCUGAGGAGUCAGCGCCGGUCUGAGAGGGGCUGGUCUGUAGAGAGGAGACUCCUUCCUCUGGCUCUGCUCUCUAUUAUAGAGGAUUACCCAAUAAAGAAACAUCUCUCUGUUACAGGGGAUUACCCUGAGAGAAACAUCUCUCUGUUAUACAACUUCUGUCCAGAGACUGAAAAUUGACUGUACAGAGACAGAAGGAGAACUUUGAACACAAAAGAGACUGAGAUACAGCAUCGAACCAGAGGAUGCAGAGGAUGCUUGCUGCCGGUGUUGGAAUGAUGCUGGUGUUGGUGAGGUUGAACUUGGGAAUGCCAAACAAGGUUCAAGAUGAUCCCAGCUCUCUCAGGGUGAUCAACCAGGAGAAGUGGGAGAGGGAUGUGCGUUCGGCCUCCAGUCUGGACGAGCUGCUCAUGCUGACAGAUUUCCCUGACUGGAAGCUGUGGAAGUGUGGUCUAAAACUCAAACACCUGGAGACGUCUCCCUCAUCCUCUUCCUCUCAGCAGCCCAACCACCGUUCCUCCUCCUCGUCCUCCUCCUCCACUGGAUCUGGGUCACACCGCUCCACGCGCUACGCUGUAGCAUCCUACAGCCUGGAGAUACUCAAAGCCAUAGAUGAUGAGUGGCAGAAGACCCAGUGCACGCCCAGAGAGACGUGUGUAGACGUGGCAAAGGAACUGGGCACCACGACUUCCAUGUUCUUCAAGCCCCCCUGCGUGUCCGUCUUCAGGUGCAACGGAUGCUGCAACAAAGAGGGUGUAUCGUGCAGAAACACAAGUACUGCCUAUGUUAAUAAAACACUGCUGACUGUGAUACCGUUCAAAUACGGACCUGAGCCGGUGUUGAUACAGGUAGCCAAUCACACAGAGUGUAAGUGUAUGGAACCACCCCUGAUCCGACGGCAAGCCCAUAUACGCUCUCACAGGAGGAACGGGUGCUCUCCGAUGCGUCAGCUCUCUAAAUCAGAGGACUCCAGGCGUCUGUGUGCCAGUGGGUUGAUCUGGGACUGCAUGGCCGACCGUUGUGUGUCCUACCCCUCCACUGAACAACCUGACUUCUCUCCCAAUAUGAGAACGGUGGACUGUGACAUAGAUGUUGACAGGUGUGACUGUGUCCCAGACCGCACUACACUGUCCCCACAGCCCACCCUAACCCAGGACCCAGACCAUCCUACCCUGCAUGUCACCUGAACCAUACUGCCUGUGCUAACAACAAACAGCACUUCGACCAUGCCUCUUGCAGAUGCCAGUGAUACUAAGAAGAAUAUAACCUUUGACAUCUGCUUGGCUUUGAAGUUUGGAAGCAGUGAAAAAGUUCAUAAUUUAAUUUAUAUCGCUAUUUAUAUAUCUAACUUCAAAUAAAAUAGUUUAUCUUUCUAACCUACAUACAUGACGUUUUACAUGCUUCAUUUACAUAUGUAAAUGAUUAGUAUUUAUAUGCACUGAACAUGUAUUUUACGCUAAAGAACAAUAUUUUUGUAAUAAUUGCUUCCAACAUUUUGUAAAUAUAAUCGAAGUUUGUCCUUUUGGUGUCUAUCCUUCAUAUUUAUAAUUAAAGUUUUAACCGUUUUGUUCAAA